AUGGUCAGUACACGCCCGUCUAAUGCGACCAAGCACCCGGGAGUCCCCGACGUCAAGCGUACGCGGCGGCCAGCAAGUGACGUGGCUGCUGAGCGACUCGAGGCAGCAGAAGAACAAGUGGCGGAAGGUGCAACGCAGACUCGGAAGAUCGCGCACGUUGCACAACUGCAGAACGACACGCGUCAGAAAGAGUUGAAGAGAGCAAAGGCUGGAGACGUACCUAGCGUUGUGUCGCAAGGCAAGACAACAAGGUCUACCGCAUCGAGUUCAGGUGCGAAGAGUACCAGCACUCUGAGUGGGACUCCUGCGGCAUCAUCUCGUCAGUCUGAGAGCACGCUCUUAUCCGAGUCUGCAAACGAUUCUAUCAACAACAACAGUCAGCCAGCACGGAAAUCGAGUCAAGUCAGACCAGGACGUGUCACAGUUACCGAGCAAAGGGAAUUGUUGAGCGGAUCGGGGCAGCAGUCGCAUCGCAAAGGUGAUACUACUAGUAGUGCGAGUGGGAAAGGAGCGACCGUUACAAGCGUCUCCGAGUCACACUCCGGUGGCUUGAAGCGCAAGGCGCCUGCGGACAACGACGGCGCUGCUGCUUCCGAGUCUGUACAUCCCAAGUCAGUGCCAUCGAUGUAUCCGAAUGAUCUGAAGCCAGCAGCCAAGAAACCAAGGGCAAAAGCCCCGUCUGGCAUACGACCUGACUGGAUUCAUCCGAGUCCUGGCAGCACGCCCACCGUCAAGGCUCCACGUAAGGCAACGACAACCCGUGCCAAAAAGCCAGCUCCACGCACCAUGUCUCUUCCGAGGGCUGUUACUUAUGUCGCUCGCGAGUGGACGAAGGCUCAGCAACCGGCGCAAGUGUCCACUGCUCAAGUCAAUGGAAGCAACUCGGAGUUGGGCCCGCCCGGCGAGGUUAUGCAUGGAGGGUAUGUGAGCGAUGAGGAUGAUGAGACGGCGGCUCCAGAGAACAAUGCCGUCCGUACCACAGCCAUGGGACUCGUCACGAUCACUCACAAGUCCAGUGCCCCGGGGGAUGUCAAGAAAGCCCGGAAACGCGGUGUCACUCGCUACACGAAUGAGGAUCUUCCUCUCGCCUGCCGCGCACUGUGGCGCAAGACCUAUGUUCCGACGCUGUACGACAUGUAUGCCACAGGUAAGGACCCCUGGGACAACACCGCGAACAACACUAUGCUUGACUACGUCACACAUGUAUGGAAACGGGUUUACUCUGACCUUCCUAUCUCGGUGGAGGAGAUUCAUGGGCCAAUCCUCGCAGUUAUAAACCAGCGCCUGGCAGAAUGGCGGGGAAAGUUUGCCACAACAGCUAUCGAUGCCCUCACAAGAUUCUUCGACUCUGACGAGCAGUACUCGUCACCCGGUUCUCGGGCGAAGUUCGUGAAGUGGGCGCUCGGGCCGAAGAAGCUCUUCAUAUGGCAGACAACUACCCCAAAGCGGCGAGGGGCAUUCCAGUCUCGACUAGUCAUCGAGACAUUUGCGUCGCACAUCUCCGACAUCAGUGGAACCAAGGACAGCUUCUACAAGGCUUGUGAACCACAGGGUGCCCUUGCGCUUACGUGCGUAGCAAUCGAACGAGCUCUGGGAUUCUACAAAACGGGUACACGCCAUGUGCCGGAGCGAGGCGAGUCCCAGUUCAAGGCUGACAUGUGGAACGACACCACGAAAUCCUACCUGAAAUGUAUCAAGCUGCUCGAGGCAGAGAACUGGGACGCAAUCGUAGCGAUCGCUGAGCCGUAUGCGAAGAAGGGCAAAGGACGGCAGCACGGACAUUCGUCCAGUUUCGACUCUGACGAAGAUGAUCGCACCAGGCUACUUGACAGCUCUGAUGAAGACGAAGAUGCCGCUGUUCAUUCAUCUGACCCGCUGGAUAUCCGUGACGCCUCGCUGGAGCUUUCGGGUGACGACACCACACAGGGCUUGGAGAUCGACGGGCCCACGGACUUAGGCGACGAAGCGGCGAGUCUAUCCGAGUCGCAUGUCGACGACUCGGGGCGGCAUUCAUCACAGGCAGCUGAGGAAUUCGAGGAGUAUGACGAUGAACUUAUGCAGUUGGAAUGA